AUUUCGAAAUUUAAUAAUUUUCAUAUUUUGAUUUUAUUUUGAAUAAUUAAAAAUUUAUAAUAUUUUUUUGAAAUAUCGUAAUUAAAUUAUUAAAAAAAAAAAGUAAUUUAAAAAUAAACAAAAUAAAAAAGUAGUUUAAGAAUUUUUUAAAACAACAAAAUUUAAAAAAAAAAAUUAAAAAACCCCCUAUAGCCAUUAUAAAUAGUAGAAUCAUGUCAGACGGAAUUGAAGUUGAACAACAUCAGCAAAUAAUUGAAAAUGAUACGAAACCAAUAAGAAAAUUACCAAUGGCGACAUCUUUAGAUAAAGAAUCAAUCAGAGAAGCGUACGAAGACGUUCGAUCCGAUUUGACAGAAACAGAAUGGUCAGUUUUCAAAUUUGAUGGUCCACAAAUAAUUGUAGCAGCUAGAGGAGUCGAUUUUGAGCAAUUUAAAAAUCAAUUUAAGGAUAAUGAGCGUGCCUUUGGUUAUAUUAGAAUACAAAUGGGUGAUGAAAUGUCUAAGAGGAAAAAAUUCUUAUUCUUAACAUGGAUUGGUCCAGAAGUUGGUGUUUUACAAAGAGCAAAAAUGUCAACCGAUAAAGCAAUUAUCAAGGAUGUUUUGAAUAAUUUUGCUGUAGAAUUACAGGCUGGCCAAGAUACUGAUUUGGAUAUUGAUAUAUUCCGUGAUGCCUUGAAUCGUGCUGGCGGAGCUAAUUAUGGUACAGGUGUCCGUGAUUUGUAAAUUGCAUUUCUCUUUGUUUUAUUUUAUAUAUAUAUAAUUUUUUUUUUU